AUGGCUAAAAGAAGAACUAAAAAGAGAACUCAUGUUCAACAAACAGAGGAAGACCUAAAGGGCAUCCCAAAAUCCAUGGUCAUUAGAGUUGGUCAAACCUCUCUAAGUAACCAUUCUUUGAACCAAUUGGUCAAAGAUUUCCGUCAAAUCAUGCAACCUCAUACUGCGAUAAAGUUAAAAGAACGUAAAUCAAAUAAAUUAAAGGAUUUCGUCGUUAUGUGUGGUCCAUUAGGUGUUUCUCAUCUUUUCAUCUUCACUCAAUCUGAAAAGACCGGGAAUGUCUCUUUGAAGAUUGCAAGAACUCCACAAGGUCCUACUAUUACUUUCCAAGUUACGGAUUAUUCCUUAGGUAGAGAUAUCAAAAAGUAUUUAAGAAGACCAAAAUCAUUAAAUAAAGAAGAUGUGUUAGAUCCACCAUUGUUAGUGUUGAAUGGAUUUAAUACAAUUAAGAAGAAAGAUGAUGAAAGUAACGCUGCCAAGGAAAAUGCUGAAAAAGUUGUCGUUUCCAUGUUUCAAAAUAUUUUCCCACCUUUAAAUCCUGCCAGAACUCAAUUAAAUACCAUAAAGAGGGUAUUUAUGAUUAAUAAAGAUCAAGAAACUGGCGAGAUUACUAUGCGUCAUUACUUUAUUGAUAUUAAAGAUGUAGAUAUUUCCAAGAAUUUGAAUAGGCUCUAUAAAUCCAAACAUAAUUUGAGUAAAUCAGUGCCGAAUUUACAUAGAAAGGAAGAUAUUUCCUCUUUAAUUUUAGACCAUGAUUUAAAUGCUUACACAUCAGAAUCUGAAGUCGAUGAUGAUGCUAUUGUCAGAGUUGUUGAUAAAAAAGAUAUAAGGGGGAAAAACAUUAAUAUGGUUCAAAAGAAACAAUCAAGUCCAGAAAAUAAUGAUGAAGAUGGAGAUAUAAAUAUGGAUGGUAAUGCCAUUGAAGAAAAUCACGACGAAGAAGAAUCAAUAGUGAAGAAAGUUGUUGUUGAAGAUGAUACACCUGUUGUUCCACGUAAGAAGGCCAUUAGAUUAACUGAAUUGGGACCAAGAUUGACAUUAAAAUUAGUUAAGAUCGAAGAAGGUAUUUGCUCAGGUAAAGUCUUACAUCAUGAGUUUGUCGAAAAGAGUAGCGCAGAAGUUAGAAUUCUUGAAAAGAGACACGCUGCAAAGAUGAAAUUAAAGGAAGAAAGAAAGAAAGAACAAGAAGCAAAUAUUGCUAAGAAGAAAGCCGUAAAGGAGGCUAAGAAACAACGUAAACUAGAGAGAAGGAAAGCAAGAGAAUUAGAACAAGAAAAUGAAGACGGAGAAAACAAACAAUCAGUAGAAAGUAGUGAUGAAAGUGAUAGUGAUAGUAGUGAUCAUUACAGUGAUGUUCCAGAAGAUUUGGACAGUGAUCUAUAUAGCGACGUUGAAUAA